UUCUUUCUUUCCGAUCCAGCCCCUUCUAUGAAAUGGGUCUGCGUCAUCUCUCAAACUCGAUGACGCCAUUGCCAGAACUCUGUGCCUCACUUUGUCAUGUGAGGAAGUCCGAGCCUUGUUCAUUAGAUUGCAAAGUUUGCCUCAGGAUCUGCUUCACCAAUCCCCAAUACCCUAUUUAUGAUUCUCCUCCACCGCCGCCGCCGCCACCACUUCCCCUUUUCAAUCCAGAUAACGAUGGCGCAGAUGAUACAAACAGCCACAAAAUAGCCACCUAUUUGUUCCUUGCUCUUGCUAUUCUAACCGUUGCUUUCUUUGUCGUUUGUUGUCGCACCAUCUAUACCAGGUUCAGCUCGAGGAGGAGAGAAUCAUCAAGGCACCAGCCGGAGAACACCGCCGAUGAUGAUUUUGUCGAUGAAGAGCAUGGACCUGUGGUGGAUCACCCCAUAUGGUAUAUCCGAACCCUUGGGCUUCAGCAAUCGAUUAUCAAUGCCAUCACAGUUUGUAGGUAUAAGAAAGGUGAGGGCUUGAUUGAAGGAACCGAAUGUGCGGUUUGCUUGAGUGAGUUUGAAGAGGAUGAAAAUCUCAGACUUUUGCCUAAAUGCUAUCAUGCUUUUCAUUUACCUUGUAUUGAUACCUGGCUUAGGUCUCAUACCAACUGUCCCAUAUGCCGGGCUCCCAUUGUUUCUGACCUUGCAACUGCUAGGUCGGAGUCUAGUUUUGUUGAUUCAAAUUCCUUUGGACAUACCCAUGUGGAAAUUUUGGAAAAUAGUGCUCCUGAUUCUGAAUUAGGAAAUAGGGCAGAGGAAGAGGGCCAAGUGGAGGCUGAGGAUGGAUUUAGGGUUUGUGAAACUGAAACCCCAGUUGAAGAGGUGCCAGGCAUUCUUCCUAGAAGAUCUGUUUCUCUGGAUUCCUUUUCUGUUGCAAAUAUCAAUCGUGCUCUUGCAACAGUGGGAUCUAAUGCUAACUCAAAAAGAAUGCUGGGAAGCGUGGAUGAUGAUGCUGCUGCUUCUUCUUCUUCUUCAAAGGUGGUUUCUGGAAGCGAUUUGGCAAGCACUUCCAAAGGCAGCUCCUCUUUCAGGUUAACUAGGUAUCUGCAGGGUGCUCCUGGUUCUUCAAUGAAAAGGUCACAGUCCUAUAAUGGAAAGUACCUUCUGUCCUGGUACGGUCGCAAUCAGAAGAAGCCAAAUGCUCCUCUGAGAAACUUUUAGUAACAUUAGAACUGCUACCUUUUGAUAACUUCCCAACAACAAUGUACAUGUAACUCUCUAUAAGUGCUAGAAUCUUCAAUAUAUAUCCAAGGAAAGGAGGUAUUCUUCCAGGAUCCGAUGCAGAUAUUAUCAUCCUCAAUCCAAAUUCAAGCUUUGAGAUAACUGCCAAGUUCCACCAUUCCAGACUGAACACAAAUGUCUUUGAGGGAAGGAGAGGAAAGGGGAAAAUUGAAGUGACUAUUGCAGGAGGAAGAGUUGUCUGGGAAUGAACUGAAGGUUGCUCCUGGAACUGGGAGAUAUAUAAAAAUGUCUGUUUGAUGGAAUUGACAAAAGGGAUGAUGCUUAUCUAAAGUCCCUUCAAGCUCCUGUGAAGCGAGCCAAAUCCAGCUCUUAAAGCUCAGCCCAUAGUCAAAAGGGGCCAAAAUCUAAGAAUGGGCUGAAGAUUAAAAAUGGUUUGUUUCAUCGUACAUCUCCAAGCUCUUCAUCCUCCACCUCCAAAUUUUACUAAAAUAACUGUUUAGCCCCUAAUUAAAAUGUGGUUUAACUUUUCUCUCUGCACAGCACCAUUAUUUGGUCUCAUUUCUCUCCAAGAGCACCACCACUGUCCUUUCUCUCCCACAACAAUCACGAACUCACAGAAGCUCUUUCUUCUCACAAAGUACCAUGCACAUAGGUUCAGUUUCUCUUUUUCGCAACAGCUUCAUCUUCUUCAUUUUUGCAUUUCAGAUUGUGCUUUUUUUGGUCUGCACUGGAAUGGACUGGCCGUGGUUGAAGAUUGCUGAAAUAAUGAAAAAUUGGGCCGCUGCACAUGGAAUUGGGCUUAAGUGAAACGCAACGUUUUGGACCAUUUUUCAAUUAUUAGAACGCUGUCGUUUUGCCCUGAGUAAGCUGUUGCCUUUGGGGUUAAGGCUCGAGUACUUUCAUUUGAGCAAAAGAGCUCGACCAGGUUUGAGUUUUCCCAAUUCUUCACGAGCUAGGUUCCAAUAAAGAGAAGAACAACGAACCAGAAGCGGGUUCCAUGGUUGAUUUCAGAAGCUGAUCAGAGGUCCACGGCCUAAAGGAAGCCAGCCCAAGAAGCUAAUCGGCUUGAUCGUGAUCUGAGUUGGUUGGAAGCACGUGCUGGUCGACGGUUGAAGAAGCGAAUAAGCUGAUUCAAAGUUCGUUGGAGGACACUCGAGAAUCAGUUUAGUCUUUUCCCCUUUCCCUCUUUUCUUUUCUUUUCUGUUUUACGAUUACCCUAUAAAAAGGGAGGUUUUGUAACUUUUAAAGUACAGGUGGUGGGUGACAUACACCACUAUAUACUCUAGACUCUCGAUUCCAUGCUUAGUUUAGGUUUAAAGCUUUCUUAGAAUAGGUGUUCUUUGCUUCGCUGGGGUUCUUGGAUAAUUCCAUUGGGUGACAGGGCAUUGGAGUAUUCGUGGGCUCUAGUAUUUUGUAAUUUCGAAUUUAGUUUUCAGUAAAGUACUGUUAAGUUCAAGUUUCGAUUUUCUUUACAUUUAAAUUUGUUCGGUUAAUUUCUGCACUUGAUUUUACUUUCCUUGCUUUACCAUUCAAUGAUUUUACAUUCCAGUUUUAUAUUUUGA